UGGCGCAAUGUAUAUCAGUUCAAACGUUAGUCGAUCCGUAGGAUGAGUGAAAAUGAUGAUUAACGUGAUUAUAGUUUGCAAUCGAUGGAUGUUUGUUCUAUUGAUAUUUUUGUUGCAAACAGUAAAUCUGUGUAGUGCUGACGGUGAUUAUGACGUACCACCCGCUACUGUUGAAGUUUUCUAUCCGAAGGGAUUUCGUGUAUCAAUUCCAGCUGAUCCAGACAUAAAACUAUUCGCCUUCCAUGGUAAAUUGAACGAGGAAUUUGAUGGUUUAACUUCGGGUCAUUGGGCAACAGAUAUAACGAAAGUGAGGGACGGUCGUUUCACGUUCAAUGAACGAAUGACGUCGUUAAAAAUCGGUGAUACACUUUAUUUCUGGACGUAUGUCAUAUACAAAGGGCUGGGCUAUCGACAAGAGGAUGGAGUUUUCAAAGUUGAAGGCUAUGUAAACGCCACAGUUCCGAUUUCAACACCACCAACUAUCUUGAAUCCGACCAAUCGGUUUACAACUCCAGCAGAACAAACGUGCCAACCGUCUCUAACAAAAGUAAACAAUGUUCAUCCUUGCGCAGGCACACUCAUAUUUGAGGACGAUUUCAAUUUCAUCGAUGAAACAAAAUGGACAAAGCUGCGGGAAUUUAGCGGUGAACCGGACCACGAAUUCGUUGUAUACAUUCCAAACGAAGACGUUCUUUACACACAGAAUGGCUUUCUGCACAUCGAGCCGAAGCGAUUAGAAAGUGAAUACGGUGAAAAUGCACAGCUCGGCUCGCUCGAUCUUGGAUUUAAAUGCACCAGCAAAGAGGGUCAAAUGUCCGAUUAUUGUACUCGAACAAGUGGUAGCACCAUUAUACCGCCGGUGAUUUCCAGCCGGCUGACAACCUUGAAUAAAUUCAGUUUUCUUUACGGAAGGGUUGAGAUUCGAGCAAGGCUACCGUCGGAGGAUUGGGUAUUUCCGCUGCUUUUGUUGGAACCAGCCAACAAUUUUUAUGGAGCGAAAAAUCUUGCGUCGGGUCAAAUGCGAAUAGCUUUCGUGAAGGGAAAAGAUGGUCUACUGUCAGGUGGAGUACUUCUCGGAGCCACCGAACCGACAAGGUCCAUUAAAAUGUGUACCAAUCCCAAUCCAAUCAAUUUAAAUAGCGAUUUUCAUACCUUCUCAUUAGAGUGGAAACUAGACGAAAUUACACUUUCGAUCGCAAAUCAAAUUUAUUGCCGCAUCAAUCCACAACAGGGAUUUUACACCAAUUUCUUGUCCCACGGCAAUUUUGACAAUAAUUUUGCGUCGCUCUGGCAGAAAGAAGGCAAAAUGGCCCCGUUCGACAAGGAGUUUCGUUUAACUGUUGGCAUUGGCGUUGGUGGUCUGAAUGACUUUGUCGACAGCGACUCGAGCCAUCACAUCACACCGACGAAGCCAUGGAAGAAUACACAAGUGAAGGCGAUGAAAUUGUUCUGGGACGCCAUGAAAACGCGAACCGAUUAUCCUGGUAACAGGUCUGGCUUAGAAGUUGAUUAUGUACGGGUCUACUCCCUUUAAGACUGUUUAAGAUUGCGAAUAGUUCAUGUGAUUUAAUAAAGAUGAAGACCG